AACAUUUGCUUGAUCUGCAAAACAGGGCUUAAAGGUGAACACAUUUCUCAAACUUUGUUGGCUUUCGGGUGGACCUUCAUCUCUAGCAAACAUGACUAAAAUGUUAUCUGCGCAGGAGGCUGCUAAGAUCUAUCAUACAAACUAUGUGAGGAACGCAAGAGCGGUCGGCGUGCUGUGGACAGUCUUCACCAUCUGCUUUGCCAUUAUAUGUGUGGUAGUGUUCAUUCAGCCUUAUUGGAUCGGUGACAGCGUUGAUACACCCCAGUCGGGAUACUUUGGACUUUUUCACUACUGCAUCGGGAAUCCCAUCACAGGAGAGCUGGUGUGUAAGGGAAGCGCUCUGGACUUUGGAUCCAUCCCUUCAGGUGCUUUCAAAACCGCAAUGUUCUUCGUGGGGAUUUCAUUGCUGCUGAUUGUGGGAACUAUCGUUUGUUUCAGUUUAUUCUUCUUCUGCAACUCGGGCAGCGUGUAUAAGAUAUGUGCUUGGAUGCAGCUCGCAGCAGCUACUUGCAUGGUCAUAGGUUGUAUGAUCUACCCCGACGGCUGGGACUCAGAAGAAGUGAAGCGGAUGUGUGGCCAACGGACAGAUAAAUACACGCUGGGUAACUGUACGGUGCGCUGGGCGUACAUCUUGGCCAUUAUCAGCAUUAUGGAUGCCAUCAUAUUAUCAUUUCUAGCCUUUGUGCUGGGCAACCGCCAAGACAAACUGCUACCAGAGGACUUUGAUAUGGAAGAGAAGAAAGAGGAAGCAUGAAGCUUACUGCACUAGAGAGUAAAAUGGACCCAUAUGGAU